AUGAGUGCUAUGUACGACGAACAAAACUAUGCAGCUUCACGCCGCCGCUCUCUCGCAACCCCUCCUCCAUCCUUGACACCCCGUCACAGCCGAGCACGCAGCGACAGUGUUCGAAUCAGCCACGGCACCGCCAGCACCAAUACCAGUGUUUCCAGCGGACGAAUGUCAGAGGCAACAAAUAUCACUCAACCUCCCUCUUUCUCAAAAAAAUUUGUAGUGGUGGGGGAUGGUGGAUGUGGAAAGACAUGUUUGUUGAUCAGCUAUUCCCAAGGAUACUUCCCAGAGAAAUAUGUCCCCACAGUGUUCGAGAACUACAUCACCCAAACAACGCAUCGGGCCACAGGAAAGACGGUCGAAUUAGCGCUUUGGGAUACUGCUGGACAGGAAGAAUAUGACCGUUUGCGUCCGCUGUCCUAUCCCGAGACUGAUCUUCUGUUCGUCUGCUUUGCUAUCGAUUGUCCCGCUUCAUUGGAAAAUGUUGUUGACAAGUGGUAUCCCGAGGUGUUGCACUUUUGUCCCACCACACCGAUUGUCCUUGUUGGAUUGAAAUCCGACUUACGCUCAAAGCGAACCUGCAUUGAACUCCUCAAGACCCAGGGUUUGACACCUAUUACACCGGAGCAGGGCGAGAACGUUGCCCAGAGAAUGGGUGCAACCUAUGCCGAAUGCAGUAGCAAAGAGAUGCGCGGUGUGGAUGAAGUUUUCUCAAAGGCCGUUGAUCAAGUCAUUUCGAUCGAGGAGCAAGGCUGGUCGGCCCAACAGGCCUCCGGCCGCAGUGGUCGCAAUAGUCGCCACAAUCGCACCAAUACCGCUCCCUCUGGGAGCGCAGGUCCACGCCCCGGCAGGAAGGUCAAGAAGCGGACCUGCAAGAUUCUGUAG